UGUAACCCCUGACUAGAAACAAAGGAGACACUGAGACAGAGAGAGAUAGAAGCACAAAAAUUAGACAGCUAGAAGGAAGGAUUGGGAGUCACACAGGUAGUCAGGACAGGGAGAGACAAAGCUCCCUCAGAUCAGCAGUGAAGAUGCCAUCCCUUCCUGGACACCUGCUAGUUAUCCUGCUGGCCAUAUUUUUCCCCACCUGUGAGGGGCGCUGUUAUUUCCAGGCUCGAGCAUCAUGUCAAUACGCAGGACGAAGCUUUGGCUUGGGAGAGUCCUGGCUCGCCAACAACUGUCAGCUCUGUACUUGCCUCCAUCCGGUGGGAGUUGGCUGCUGUGAUAUCACCCAGCAUCCAAUUGACUUCCCUUCAUGGUGUGAAGCUCGAUACAACCCUCAAACCUGUCAGAUCUCCGUGGUACAGAAAGCUAAUCCAGAUCUACCAUGUGUGCACAGUGCAGAGUAUGAAUGGGGCUCAGCAGGCACACCAGAACCUACCUCGCAGGCCGUCUACCCUACACACAUGGGAAGAUAAAGACAGUACUUUGAGUGGAUUUAAUGUACUUUUAUGACUUGUCUGCUCUCCUCACCUGACCAAGAAUUCCAUUCCAUUAUCUUGCCCACAAUCUCUGCAUGUCCGGAAAGCAAGGAAGGGUAUUGAGAGCCAGAACGUGGCUCCUUGCUUGGAAAGACAAGGGCAACCAAAAAAAAAAAAAAAAUAUUAAAAAAGUAUUGCCCAGGAAACUCCUAUCACUAG